AACAUUAGAUAAUGUAAUUAUUUGUCAAAAACGUAACAAGUUGUAGACGUUGUGUAUGUGUAGCUAUGAUGAGUGAGUUUGGGUCGCUUGGCGAUGGAAUUAGAAGUUCUCGGAAUCCUUCAUCUCGGAGUUCAAAUGAUAGACUUUAUCCAAGUCUGUUUCCUUCUGACGAAGAGGCGGAAAGUGACAAUGCAAGUGAGUUGUCGGUAGACAGCGAAGCCAGAGCAACACCUCCCCCUGUGAGACUGAAAAAUCCCCUAUUUCCUAAAAAGGAGUAUGUUGAUAAGUUAAGACCAGAGGAAAUUCGGUGGUUUUACAAACAGGAUGGCGAUAAAGAAUGGACGCCGUUUAUUGGAUAUGAUUCCUUGAGAAUAGAAUGUCGAUACCGGGCGUUACAAAAUGUAGAGGAUGAAAAGGAAAUUGACACUGAUGUAAUUUUGGUUCUUGGUGGUUUAUACCAAGUAGAUGUCUCCAAAAAGAAGUGUACACCUGUGUAUUGGUCAGGUGAUGAGUCCGACAUUACACAGGGUCUUUGGUUCUAUGAAUAUAAUGGACAACCACUGGAGGAUGGCUACGGAAUCCAGAUAGAGACAGAACAUGUUGCUAAAUUCAUGGGGCACAGUUUGGAGCAGGAACAUCUCUCUCCACAGAAAGGACCAAAACCAGUGCAGCAUUCCAUGAGAUUUACUGACUUUUACAUAGAAUGGAAUCAUCCUAAUGAAAUUUAUCUGUACAGUGAGGCAGCAUCAUCAAGAUUUGUACGAGGCUUUAAAAAGAAACUGGGAAUGCAGAAAGCUGGUACAAGGCUGAUUCGAGGCUAUAAAUAUGAAGCAGUGAUGGAUGACAAACCAGCUGACAUUUCUCAUCUUAUAUUUGUCAUUCAUGGCAUUGGACAGAAGAUGGAGACAGGAAAUAUUGUCAAAAGAGCUAAAGAGCUGAGAGAAAAGGUAACCCAGAUGAAAUCCAAGUAUUUUAGCCUGAUAGAAAAUUGCUCUCACAGAGCGGAGUUUUUACCAGUAGAAUGGCGAUCAAACUUGAAACUGGAUGGAGACAUGGUGGACUUGAUAACACCACACAAAAUGAGAGGAAUGCGUUCUAUUCUCAAUAACAGUGCAAUGGAUAUUCUGUACUAUACCAGCCCUUUAUAUAGGUCAGAGAUAACCCAUAGUUUACAGAACGAGUUGAAUCGACUAUUUGAAAUGUUCUGCACGAGAAAUCCCUACUUCCAGGUCAAUGGAGGAAAAGUCUCCAUUGUGGCCCAUUCUUUAGGUGCUGUUAUUUCCUAUGACAUUAUAACUGGUUGGAAUCCAAUCCAGCUCUAUGAUCAGUUCGUUAACUCAGUCAUUGAGGAAGAACAAAAGGAUUCUGAUUCUAGUGAAAUAAAAAAAGAAAUACAUGAAGCCAGGCAAAAAGCUACAGCAGUUGAAUCAAUUCUAAAAGAUGUUCAAGAAAAGCACAAGAAACAAAGUGGACCAACACUUUCUUUCACAAUAGAGAAUAUGUUCUGUUUGGGUUCCCCUCUAGCAGUGUUCCUUGCUCUGAGGGGGUUCAGACCUCAAGGAAAAGGUACCCUAGAUCACAUCAUGCCCUCAAGUCUCUGUAAACGUCUCUUCAACAUCUACCAUCCCUACGACCCUGUUGCAUACAGACUUGAACCACUCAUUCUGAAGCAUUACUCCACAAUUAUGCCUCUUCCUAUACAUCGAUUUGAUGGCAAACAAAAAGAAUCCUACAACUCCAUGAAAACAAAAGCUUAUGCUGCCUUUAAACCAUCAGUCUCUGCAGAAAAAAUAUCAGACAAAGGUGAUCCUGUUGAUGGCAAUGAUAGCACUGAUUCUGUUCCUCAUAGUAGCCGUGAAUCUUCACCUGCUCGUAGCCAAGGCUUUUCUGUUUUUAAAUGGUUGAAGGGUAAGGAAUCGGAGGACAUGUCCGCAGAGCUAAAGAUGUUAGAGAAGAUGGAGAAGGAUGUCCAAGAGAUUGAGAAACAUAUAAAAGAACGCAAAGAAGUUCUCCAGGAAGUUGAUCAAACAGACUUGGAGUAUAGAUUGGAUUACCAACUACGUGAGGCUAGUUUCUCCAGUAGCUAUUUCUCCAUGCUGACUUCACAUACAUCUUAUUGGACAGACAAAGAUGUUGCUUUCUUCAUUCUGUCUCAUAUUCAUCCAGAGCUCCAAGAAUUAUGACACCCCCAGUCUAUAGCGUUUCAUAUAACUAUAGUCAAAACACAGAGUUACAUCUGGAUAUGUUGUCAAGUGCACACAUACAAUACAAAACAAUACAAUAAUCUUUAUUUAAAAUCAGCUGAUUUCAAAAAUGAAAACAUAACCUCUUAAGAGCAAAUUUUUGACAUGAGUUGAAAGUAAGAAUUCAACAACUGAUCGAGAUUUAAAUAAUACAAAUAUUUUGUCUAUUUUUGGAAAUAGAUUUUUCUGCCUCUGCCAUGAAUUGGCUUUGCCGUUCUUCUGUUGUAACAUCAUUCUUUUCCAUCUUAUUAGUUCAUUAGCUCAUUAUUAGUUCAUUUACAAGUUCAGACUGCAUUUUCAACUGGUUUACUUUUGAAUUUGCAGGGAGACUUCAUAAAUUAAACAUUUAGUUUUAAACUGAAGUACAUGUAGUAUUUCAACCCAAAAACAAAAUGGGGAUUGGGGAGGGGGGUGUAAUCUUUUUAACAGUUAAGAAGAAGGUAAUGCAGGGGAAUAAAUUCUUCUCAAGAACAGUGGGGUUAUAAUUAGUCAUUAAUAUGCAAGCAUCCUCAUGUAGUAUAAAUUCAAGUUUGUGGAUUAGUAGUGCAUUAGUGUUCGAGAUAUUUUCAGCUUCUUCUCUUGAACCACUGAACCAAUUUCUUUUUUCAGUUUUACAAAUUGAACAUAUUUAAAUAGAAAGGCUAUGUACAGCAUAGGUUUUAGUUUAUUUUCUACCCAGUUUAGAAACUAAAAUUCUUUAAUUGGAGAAAAAAAUGUACUUAUAGUGUGAUGAUAGCUAGAUCACAUUAAAUAUUACUAAUUCUGAAAACUGGCAUCGUACAGUUUGAUUUCUAGUGACCAGUUCACAUGAACCAGAGGUUCAAGUGAACUUUAUUGAUGGUUACCUGUCUGUUAUCUUUUCAAAUUUCACCAAACUUGGUUCUCCCCCCCCCCCCCCCCCACCACCAAAUCAUGUGACAUUUUAGAGAACUUUAUCAUUGUAAAUGAAAGAAUGAAGACUUUACUCAAUAUUAUAUUGUUUGAAAUUGUAAAGAGGGUGACAAAUGACUAAUUGGUCCAUAGGCUGCUAUUUUAUGCAUAAAUUAAUACUACCUUUUUAUUAAACAAGCUUCCAUUAACAAUUGGGCUUCAAAAAGUCAGCAACCAAUGAAAACAUUCCAUCCUAAACCAAGACAAUUUUCUCAGCUCUCCCAGUUAUAAAGGGAUUGUUGAAAUAGGAUCUAGGAUUUUUAGCUCUAGAGAUGUAUUAAUUGUUAAAAGGGUGAUUUUGGUUUGAAAUUUUUUAUAAUUGAGAGCAUGAAUGGGUGAAUAUAACAUAUGUAUUUACAGGUUAAAUAGUUUUUUUGCUCACCUGAGCUGAAAGCUCAAGUGAGCUUUUCUGAUCACCCAUUGUCCGUCGUCCGUCCGUCUGUAAACUUUUCACAUUUUCAACUUCUUCUCAAGAACUACUGGGCCAAUUUUAACCAAACUUGGUACAAAGCAUCCUUGGGUAAAGGAGAGUUUAAAUUGUUAAAAUGAAGGGCCAAGUUCCCUUCAAAGGGGAGAUAAUCAAGAAAAUACAAAAAUUGGAUGGGGUCAUUAAAAAUCUUCUUCUCAAGAACCACUGGGCCAGAAAAGCUGAAACUUACCUGGAAGCAUCCUGGGGUAGUGUAAAUUCUAAAUUGCUCAAAUCAUGACCCCCGGGGGUAGGGCGGGUCCACAAUAGGGAAUCCAAGUUUUACAUUGAAAUAUUGUAGUAAAAAUCUUUUAAAAUCUUCUUCUCAAGAUUCACUGGGCUAGAAAGGCUGAAACUUACAUGGAAGCAUCCUAGGGUAGUGUAUAUUUUAAAUUAUUCAAAUUCUGACCCCUGGGGGUAGGGCGGGGCCACAAUAGGGAAUCCAAGUUUUACAUUGAAAUAUUGUAGUAAAAAUCUUUAAAAAUCUUCUUCUCAAGAACCACGGGGCCAGAAAAGCUGAAACUUAUGUGGAAGCAUCCUGGGGUAGUGUAGAUUCUAAUUAUUCAAAUCAUGACCCCUGGGGGGAAGGGCGUGGCCACAAUAAGUACUACAAGGGGGGAGAAAUCAGGUGAAAUACAGCAAGGCCAAAGUUACUCAGGUGAGCAUUGUGGCCCAUGGGUCUCUUGUUUUUUUUUUAUUAUCCUUUAAUAUUGAGAACUGAUUGUUCAGAUAUAUUUUUGCUUGGAUAUUGGUACACAUACAGCAUAUGUAUAAAACUCUUACAAUAUAUUAUAUAUUUCCUCAUGAGUACCCACACUAUCUGUGAUAUUUCUUUAUUUGAAUUUAGUCCCACCCAGUGUUGGGGAGUGGUAUUAUUUAGCUUUAUAUAUUUGUUAAUCACUGUCUCACACCUUAUUAUUACAAAUAUAACUUUUUGAUUGAAUGCAUUUUUAUUUAACUUAAUGCAAAGAUAGACUAACCAUGCAUAAUUAUGUAAAAUGGAGAAUAACUCUUUCAGUACGCUACACUUCAACCUUGGCAAUAGUAGUGUGACUUUCGUAAUAGAUGUACUUAUAAUUGUCAAAUAUAUGUCAAUCAUCUGUUAUAUUUUCCAGUCCAGUAUGUACUUGUAGAUGACACAAAAUAUUUUAGCAGACUACAAACUCACUAUUAUGUGAUAAAAUACUCUUUGUGUUAGUAAUUUUAAAAAUAGAUAGU